CAAUAAGAGGUGAAGCUUUGGAAAACAUAAGCAAGUAUGACAGAGGUGAAACUACAUGGAUUCUGGUAUAGUCCUAUGACUUUGAGAGUGGUAUUGACUCUAAAGUUAAAGGAUAUACCGUAUCACAAUAUAGAAGAAGAUCGUUUUAAUAAGAGUCUUGAACUUCUUCGAUACAACCCGGUGUACAAGAGAACUCCGGUAUUUGUUCAUAAUGGAAGACCUUUAUGUGAAUCCAUGCUUAUUAUUGAAUACAUUGAUGAAAUUUGGCCACAUAAUUCAUUGGUUCCUGCUGAUCCCUAUGAGAGAGCUCUUGCACGAUUUUGGGCUAAAUAUGCUGAUGAUUUGUUUUCUGCAGUUGUGGCCUUCUACCUUGGCAAUAAUGGUGAAGAGAAGGAGGCAAACAUAGAGAAGGUAUGGGAGCAUAUCAUGGUUGUUGAGAAUAAGUGUUUUGGUGAUCAAAAGAAAUUCUUCGGGGGAGACAAUAUUAACAUGGUGGACUUGGCUUUUGGGCCCAUAGUCAAAACUAUUUUUACUAUAGAAGAUAUUCUUGAAGUGAAGGUCCUGAAAGAUGAGAAAUUUCCUCACUUCCUUUCAUGGUAUAAUAAUUUUAAGGAAGUUCCGAUUAUUAAAGAAAACCUCCCAGAGCACGAGAAAAUGGUGGCUUGUCUCAAGUUUAUUAGAGAAAAACGUUUGGCAUCUUCCUAAGAAAAUAGCAACUUAUUUAUAAGAUCAAGGUGCAUCUUUUCUGAAUUCUGUUUGGAUUUGUCUUGAUAUAGCUGUGAAAGUAAUAAAAGUUUAAGGUGAUUAAUGUA